AUGAUGCACGGUACAAGUAGCAGUGAUUUUCCUUACGCUAUAAAUGAUGUGGAGCCUGAGGAAUUCGCCGAGUUACAGAAAACCUUCAAUACGGCUUUCAUUGAUGGAUAUGUGCGGGUCGGUCCCAAAGGUUAUUUCCUGCGGAGCGGCUAUAGGAAAGAAGCAGCGAAAAUAUACAAUAUGCCACUCAGGCUGGAUGACAUCUGGGUAGUGUCUUUCCCUAGAUCGGGCACUACAUGGGUCCAAGAAAUGGUGUGGAUGAUUGCAAAAGAUUUUGAUUACGAAACAUCAAAGGACGUUCUUUUAAUCAACAGAUUUCCAUUUUUAGAAGCCAAUGUCAUCAACGGCGAUAAGGCAUUGAAAAAAAUUAAAGAAUUGAGCGCUGGAAAAGAGGAGAAUAUAAAAGUGUUUUUAAGUUCCGAGGUGGAUUUAGCUGCAGAUCGUCCCUCUCCUCGAUUCUUCAAGUCUCACUUGCCUCUGUCGCUGCUGCCCCCGUCUCUGCUGGCCACCUCGAGGGUGGUCUACGUGGCGCGUGACCCGCGGGACGUCGCCGUCUCGUACUAUUACCACUACAAGCUCUUCGCCUUCUUUGGAUACUUCGGUAACUUUAAGCAGUUCUGGGAGUCUUUCGUGAAGGGUGACGCGGAUUAUUGUCCAUACUUUGAACACUUGAAAGAAGUUUGGGGGCAGAGACAUCACGCUAACCUGCUUAUUUUAUUCUAUGAAGAUCUUAUUAAGGACCUCCCCGGCAGCAUUCGCCGCGUAGCACGUUUUCUAGGAAAGGAGCCAAGCGAGGCGCAGGUCAGGGCUCUCAGCGAACACCUCAAGUUUGACAACUUUAAGAAGAAUAAGUCAGUUAACAAUGAGCCCUUUAUGCACUUGAGUGACCAGAAUGUAGCAAAGACCGUGUCUUUUAUGCGAAAGGGCAAGGCGGGCGGCUGGCGCGAGCACUUCGACGAGCAGAUGGCGGCGCAGGCGCAGCAGUGGAUCGACGACAACCUGCGCGGGACCGACCUGCGCUUUCCCGAACACUACUAA